AGUUGAUAUGGGAUUAUAUGAUGGAAACUGUUGUCGAAACGACAACUGCAUACGUCGAAAGACGUGGUUACUCAACAGUGGUUGGAAAACGGUAAAGUGUAUCAAAUUGAGAAUUUUUUUCGGGAUCCCCCCUUUAGAUGGCCCUAGGGGGCUAUUUAUAACCCUGUUACAGGUCCCUCUAUUAGGGUGUAAGUUUUACAGGGGAAUUUACAUGGUUGCCCUUAUAAAAGGGACAUUUACAUGGGUAUAUAGUGUCAUUUGCAUACAUGGGCCUCUAAUGGGCCUGGUUGGUGAAUGCCGGCCCGAAGGUCAGCCAGAGCGGUCGGGAUGGCGAAGUCACCCUCCUUCGGCAGGCACCCUUCGUCCAGGGUGUACAGUCUUCGCCAUGGGGCUCGAUCUUUUGCCGUCCUCGCUCCACUGUCUUUGCCAUGUGGCUUCGCCGACUUCUUUGGCGCAGUAUUCUUUGCCACCGUGAACUCGAAGACGGUGGUGACCCCGGCCGGGAUGAAGAAGACUGUGUUCGGGAGCGUGAACUUCAAUGUUCGCCUCGAGCGCUCCGAUGUCUGGCCGGUGAACGCCGCCAUGUCGAAGUAGGAUCGCCAUUGGAUGGCGAAGUGGUUCUACCACUCCAAUACCCUCGAGGCUGGGUCUGACGCGGUGAAUGCACUCAGGUGGCGGCGCGGGGCCAUUUCGCCGAACAGGAAGCCUAAGGUCGCCGUCGAUGGCGCCAUGGAGGCCCGGUUCACCCUACUACGCAAGAUCUGCUCUCGCCUCAGCUGCGGCGACUUGGUGGAGGAGUUCUGCAUGCUUCGCAUCUUUCCCCUCUCCCAGUCAUGGAAAGUCGAGAUCAACCAAGACGAGGAGGUCGACGGCUUGCCGAAGCUCGUCAUGCCUGCGGGGGCGAAUGGUAAGUCUACUUAACCACACUUUUUGUGCUUUGCUCUUUUUCCCGGUUCGACGCCUAAUAUGGUUACACCUUUCGUCCUCGCAGUUUUGACUCUUGCGCAGGCCGACACUGAAGCCCGAAAGAUGAUCGGCGACGUGUCAGUCACUGAGUUCAGCCAGCUGCUCACGCGGCAGGCGGCCGGCCGGGUGAACCGGGUUUAUGAUGGCGAACUACCUCCCCGGGCGAACACUCACAAGGUCGAUGACGAUGCGGGGCCUUCGCGCAAGCGAAUGCGCGGGCAGGUGAAAAAGGCCCCUCGUAAGCGAAGGGCCCCCGACUCCGACGCCGAUGACGAGGAGACCGUCAAAGAAAAUGACGGUGAAGAGGAGGAUGUGCGGGAGACAGAGGCUGCGAGCGAAAAGGCCGCGGGCGAAGUUGCCGACACUCGCGCCGAGACGCCCGGCUAUACCCCAACCCCGAGCCCCGAGCUCGUCGAGACCAGGGUGGAGUCGAACUGCUCCCCCCUCCGCCAAAAGGAUGUGGAGGGGGCGAAGGCGGUGGUCGCGAUCGCUGCGGCCAAGGUGGCGAAGGGGGGUUCGAUUAAAAAGACCUCUAGGAAGAGGCUCGUCGAUGUCGGUCGCGUCUUUAGUGACGACAAGUCCUCGAACGAGACCCCUACUUCGCCCGCCGGUCGGAGCUUGGGUCUUUCGACCGCUCCUGGCGUCAAGGUCGAUACGGGCAGAGCUGGCGGAAGUGCAGCCGGGGCUUCGGCCUCAACCGAUCAGGUUGUGAAGACCGCGGCUAGGGUAUUCGGCAGCCCGGUUCGCCAGCCAGUUGUUUCGCCGCUCGCCCUUGGGAAGGGGAAGAAAACGGCGGUCGAAACAUCCGUUUUAGACUAUUCCCUUGCCGCGCCCUACUUCGCCCCUGGAGAUUUCGAAACCCAGGGCAGAACUUGUACUCUUUGUCGAGGGGGUGAGCAACCUCGUUUCUCCGGCUGGCAGCUCGAGUCUGUUCACAGAGCUGAACAAGUUUGAUGAGGGCUGCACUGCCAUCAAGAGUUUGGCGGUUCGGAUCCUCGCGGCCCACUGUUCGACCGAGCGAACCAUGCGGGCUCGCCUCGAUGGUUUGAAGAACCGUCUUCUGCAGCAGUUCGGCUGCAAGCAUGUUGCCGAGUUCCCCAACUUUGCGAAAGGGGACUGGGAGGUCAGUGCACAGGAUGUUUCGCCCGUUCUGCGAGCUUGGCAUAAGCUGUUCUGGCAGAAGGACGGCCGCUCCAUAGCUAAGGCGCGCCUGCUCGAGCAACUGGCGAAGGCGGAGGCAGCAGAUCAGGGCGAAGAGCCGGCAGCCGGUGAGGGAGGAGGCGAUGCCGAAGAUCACCCAGAGGUGUGUGGCCCUCCACCUGCUUUUUAGAUUUUUUGGCUUUCUUUUUGUGUUCGUCGUGGAGGGCGAACAAUGUAUAUUUGGCCGAUGGCCCUCUUACCUUCUUAUUGUAGCCGAAAACGGCUUUGUUAACAUAUGAAAUGAAUUACUUAAGUUUGGCCAACCCUUGUGCUUGAAACCUUCGGCACAUACGCCUGUAUCAUUUUUCGCAUUAUCUUCGCAUUAUUUUGCCAUACGAAAAUCCACCCUUUUCGCCCACUUUUUCAUGUCUUGACUCCGCGUUUUUCCUAUUUGCCUUUUCUGUGUUGUUUUAGCAGGGUGUUCACCAAAAAUUGUGUAUUCGGGCCCCCUUUGGCAAUUGGCAAAGUAAAAACGAAAAGUUCGUAGCGGUGAAGGGUUUGCCGAAGGUGCGGUGUCCGUUUCGGCCAGUUUACCACGAGAUGAUAAUCAACGGCAACAGCUACAAGGUUUUGAAAGUUGCCGGCUGGAUGCGGGUGCACCCCGGGCGAACCCUGGAGGACUACGAUAGCGUCCAUACCAAACGCCGUGAGGAUAUGGUUCGCUUUUGGCGAAACCAUCAGAAGACCGAUUGUCAGGAAGCAAUCGCCCGGCGUCGUUAUAGUCUAGUUUGUGUUUCGCCCCCUUCCCCUCUUAGGGUUGUGUAUGACAUUAGUAGCGAUGACGAACCAUGUUCGUCGAACCAUUCCUUAGGUGGUGGGGAUUGCAUUGGGGGCGAACAUGUAAUUUAUUUGUAAGUUGGGCUGUGAAGCCUUUUCUUCCUGUGUUUGUACCAUGUUGUAUGGCUGUAUUCUUUGAUUAUUUUUCCGAAGCUAAUAAAGAUGUGUUUCAUUUCCUUUUCGUUA